AAGUAACUUUAGUCAGCAGUUUGAUCACACAUGAAAUAAAAUACGUUGCCCAUCUCUAAAUGAAACGUUUAACGAUAACAAUAUUAUUUUAAUAAUACUCAUAGAAUGAUAAGAAUUAUUAUAUUAGCUAAAACUUAUAUAUUUUAAUAGGAUUUAAAAUUUAAACGACAAUAAUCGUGAUAAGAGUAGACAACGAUAAGCAGCGAAAUGAAAACUCCAAUCAUCCUAGCAGUAUCCAUUUGAUUGUAACUAACCAAAAUCCAACUGUCACUUGGAUUGAAGAGAAAAAAAUAAUCUUCUAUCUGGUUAUUUUACUCGAGUUCGGUUCAAUGCCACUUGGUAGAAGUAGAAGCAAUAAACCUGCAAUAAAAUGAUAAUUGACGAAAUUGGAGUCAAGGACGAGUCAUUUACUCCAUCGAAAAGGUCUACAGUUGAUAUCGAUUCUUUUGGAUACGAGAGAGGAACUGAAAUGUUUAAACAUGAGUACAGGAAAAGCCGAAAAUUAUCUCGGUACAACUCGGCUCUUAAAAAUCUUAUUCCAAUUCGUUUGGGUAAAACUUCUGAUGGCGAAAUGCCAAUUGACAAGGCCGGAUUUUUUUCAACUAUAUCCUUUUCAUGGAUAACUAGAUAUUUAUUGAUUUCAAAUCGUCAAGGGAUUACCCUAGAUGAUUUGCCAAAGCCUUCGCCACAUGAUACAGCUGAUCUCAACGCAAAGAGACUAGAAGCUUUGUGGAAUGAUGAAGUUAUGAGAAAUAGUUUAACAGGAGCUUCAUUUUCUCGAGCAGCUUGGAAAUUUAUUCGUACUAGAAUAUUUAUGGCUUCACUUAUGUUUGGUUCUUCUGCUAUUCUGGGUUUUCUUGGGCCUGCGAUAGUAAUGAGAAAAUUAUUAGAACACAUAGAGUCGCCAGAGGGAUCAGUAUACACUGGAAUAAUGUGGAUAUUUUUACUGAUGAUCUCAGAUUUAUUGAGAGUAACAUUUUUUAGCUGGGGCUGGAGCGCAUGUUACAGAACUGGUUUAAGAAUGAAGUCAGCAUUUAUAAGUGUAAUGUACAGAAAACUUAUAAAAACAAGUAAUUUAAGUAAUCAAAAUUCUGGCAAAUUAAUCAAUAUGAUGUCUAAUGAUAGCCAAGCUGUAUACGAUCUCUGCAUUUAUACUCCAAUGAUAAUUGCUGGUCCUAUUAUAACAAUUUUAAUAAUUAUUUAUAUUCUAUUCGUUUUGAGUCCUCUUGCUCUUUCAGGAUUUUUAUUUUUCUUUUGUUUCUAUCCAUUACAGUAUUUAAUUUCUCGUCUCAAUGGCUACUUUAGAAAACGAAGUAUUAUCAUGUCUGAUCAGAGAGUCUCUGCAGCUAAUGAAAUUUUCAAUUGUAUUAAAUUAAUUAAAAUGUAUGCGUGGGAGGAUCCUUUUAGUUUGAAUCUCCUAGAACUACGAAACAAAGAAAAAUCCUGGCUUGCGAAAAUGUGUAUAACUCGAAGCUAUGGUUCAUCUUUGACUGUUACGAUUCCAAUUAUUGCAGCAAUAAUUAGUUUCUUAGUUCAUGUUGCUGGGGGAUAUAGUUUAAGUGCUGCGCAGGUUUUUCCAAUUUUAUCUAUUUAUAUAAAUCAAAUGAAGAUUUGUCUUGCAGUACUACGAGAUGGUCCUAAACAAAUCAUCGAGGCUAAAAUUUCUUUUGAAAGAAUUAAGGUAUUCCCAUUUGUAUUACUGUUAAAUUCGCAGACCCGCCAUAUGAUUUCAUUUUUUGAAGUGGCUAUAACAACAGUCGUUAAUACAAGAGUAUCUUUCGCUAGGAUAAAGAGUGUAAUGAGUAUGGAAGAAAACAAUAGCUUCAUUCAAAAGCCCAUUGUCAAAAGUCAAGCGUUAUCUAUUAUGAAUGGAACGUUUGUUUGUGACGUUGAUUCUUGCAAUCUAAAGUCUGCAGAGAAAAAAAAAAAGCGAAAACUAAACAAAGAUGACUUGGAGAAAAAUGAACUGGAGUUCUUGAUGCCAAAACGUAUUGAAAUUUUAAGUGACAUUAAUUUUGAAGCUGCUAAAUCAAAAUUAAUUGGUAUUUGUGGUCAUGUCGGAAGUGGUAAAAGUAGUCUUCUAAGAGCUGCUCUAGGUCAAAUACGUAUAACCAAUGGAAAAAUAUCAAGGGACGGCAGUUGCGCUUACGUUAGCCAGCAAGCCUGGAUUCAAAAUGCAACUUUUAGAGAUAACAUUUUAUUUGGCCACAAAUUUGAUUCACAUCGUUAUUACACAGCAAUAGACGUAUGCUGUUUGCAAGAAGACAUUGACUCUCUUCCUGCUGCCGAUGAAACGGAAAUCGGUGAGAGAGGUGUUAAUUUGUCAGGUGGACAAAAACAAAGAGUAGCACUCGCCCGUGCUUAUUAUGCUAAUCAAGACAUUUACUUCCUGGAUGAUCCACUGAGUGCAGUAGACAUUAAUGUAGGAUGGUAUAUAUUUGAAAAUUUAAUUCAAAGAGCUUUAAAAGAUAAAUGUGUUAUACUCGUUACUCAUCAAAUUCCAUAUCUUAGUCGUUGUGAUCAAAUAUAUAUGAUGAGUAAUGGACGAAUUGUUGAACAAGGUGACCACGUAUCACUGAUGCAAGCUGGUAAAGAGUAUGCUUCAAUGGUUAAAAGUGAUAAAUCGAUAAUGACAAACUCGAUUUUUAAUAAUAACAAAGAAAUUCACGAUAAAUUGUCAAAAAUGUAUGAUAAUUCCAACACCUUGACUCUCAAACAAGACAGUCAAAAUGAGGGGAGAGAUCAACAGAAAGAGGAAGAUGAAGAAACAAUUGAUGGUACUCUUAUUGAGCCAGAGUACAUGGAAACAGGAUCAAUAAAAAAACAUACGUAUCUUCUUUAUAUCGGUGCGAUGGGAGGUUCUCUUAUAGCUGUUAUUGUGUUAAUCAACGUUUUAUUAAAUACAAGUUGUAUAUUAUUCAGCAGUUGGUGGUUAGCUACUUGGAUUAAAGCUGGUAGUGGAGGGCAGACAAUUACUGUUGGCAAUGAAACAGUUGUAUCAAAUAAUAUUAUUGAUAAUCCUGAUAUAGGAUAUUAUCAAGCUGUUUACGCAGCAUGUAUUUUAGCUAUUUUAGGGUCAAGUCUUCUUCGCGGAUUUGUAUUAACUCGCGUUGCGUUAAUAGCAUCUACAACAUUGCACAACAAAUUAUUUAAAAAAAUAAUGAGUACGACGAUGCAAUUUUUUGAAACAACACCAAAAGGGCGAUUGCAAAAUAUAUUUAGUCGUGAUAUCGGUGAAUUGGAUGGUCAGUUACCAAUAAAUAUUGAAAAUUCUUUGAAUAGUAUUUUUCAUGGUGUAUUAAAUGUAUUGAUGGUUUGUGUAAUACUUCCGUAUUUGACUAUACCGUUUAUACUUUUGAGUAUUUUAUUUUAUUUUGUUUCUAAAUUAUUUAGAAAAACUUUAAGAGAUUUACAACGUCAUGAAAAUACAUCCAAGUCACCGAUUUUUAGUUUUGCAACAGCUACUCUCCAAGGACUCGAUACGAUUCAUGCUUUUAAAAAAGAAUCACAAUUUAUUGACAAAUUUUAUGAGUAUAUUGAUCUUAAUGGUACGUGUGAAUUCUUGUCAUCUGUUUUACUCCGUUGGGCUGCAAUAAGAUUUGACAUUUUAACUAUCAUUGCGUAUGUAUGUACUGGAUUUACAGUAGUUUUAUUAAAAGGUAAUAUAUCGCCCGCAAUGGCAGGGCUUGCGUUAUCUUUUUGCGGUCAAAUGACAGGAUUUUUACAGUAUACAAUAAGAUUAUUAUCCAUUACGGAACUUAAAUUUAUCAGCGUUGAGAGAAUGGGUUUUUAUUUAAGAACUUUGAAAAGUGAAGAUGAAUAUACGAAAAUAUCGACGUCAUUAAAACCUUAUGAUUGGCCGCAGAACGGAGCCGUCGAAUUUCGAAAUGUUGCAUUAAGAUAUCGAAAAAAUACUCCGAUCAUACUAAAUAAUAUAUCAUUUAAUGCAGUAGCUGGCGAAAAAUUAGGAAUCGUUGGCCGAACUGGUUCAGGAAAAAGUUCCCUUAUUACUGCAUUAUUUAGACUAGUCGAACUAUCAGAUGGUUGUAUAAAAAUAGAUGGAAGUGAUGUGACGACAAUAAGUUUAAAUAAACUGAGAAGUAAACUAUCAAUAAUACCCCAAGAUCCAAUAAUAUUUAAUGGGUCAAUAAGAUACAAUUUGGACCCGUGGAAAGUUAAAACCGAUGAAGAAAUUUGGUCAGCUCUCGAAAAAACAAAAUUAAAAAAUAAAGUUAUAACAAUGCCAGGACAAUUAAAUGCAUUUGUUGAUUCUGGUGGAUCAAAUAUGAGUAUGGGUGAACGGCAAUUACUCUGCUUAGCGCGUGUUCUUUUACGUAAAAAUAAAAUUAUUAUUUUGGACGAGGCUACAGCUUCUGUGGAUCCUAUAACCGAGUCUAUUGUUCAAACUACAAUACAAGAAGAGUUUUCUGAUUGCACAAUAAUGAUAAUUGCUCAUAGAUUACAAAACGUCUUAUCUUGUGAUAGAAUUCUUGUGAUGGAAAAUGGUAAAAUCCUUGAGUUUGAUACUCCUAGUAAAUUACUAGAUAACCCAGACUCAGAGUUUUCAAAAAUGAUCGCUGCAGCUGAUAAAAAAAAUAAUAAUUAUUAAUUUUUAUAUUAAUGUGAUUCAAUUAUAUGUUAUAAUCAAAAUAUAUUUUAUUGUUAUACAAUUAUAUAUCAUAAUUAAAGAACUGCAUACAAGUUUAUAUUUUGUACAAACUGAAUGUUAAUAUACUGAAAAA